UGGUUGUUUCUUUAAAAAACUACUUAUAUAUGGCACCAGAAAAGAACCUCCAAUAUUAUACUGCAAGUUGUUUUCCCAAAUACAUUGCUCCUUAAAUAAAGAAGAAGAAGAAGAAGAAUUAAUAUUGUUGCAGAGGUUAUGGAGAUCAGUGCAGGCAUAGCUUUUGGAGCCAUGAUAAUGGUGGAGAGCACUGAUGUGGUGGCAUCGACGCUGAGCAAAGCAGCCAUGGCCAAAGGGCUGAGCAACUUGGUUCUUAUUGUCUAUUCCAAUGCCCUCGCUUCCCUUCUUCUUCUUCCCUUUCCCUUCCUCUCUUGCAGAGACAGAGGGAACCCUCUCUCUCUCUCCUUGAUCCUUGGCUUCUUUCUCCUCGGCUUUGUCGGGAGCGUGGGUCAGAUGUUGUCGUAUACCGGGAUAAAGUACAGCUCUCCAGCUCUUCAAUCUGCAAUGGGAAAUCUGAUCCCCAUUUUGACAUUCCUGCUUGCUGUUGUUUUCAGAAUGGAGAGGUUUGAUUUGAAGAUGAAUAGCAGCAAAGCCAAAUGUGUGGGAACCAUUUUAGUAGUGGCAGGAGCUUCCAUUGUUACUCUGUACAAAGGGCCAGUGUUGAUCAUGGCUGCUUCUUCUUCUUCUUCUUCUUCUUCUUCUUCAGAGUUUGUGAAGCAGAAACAACAAUCAAAUUGGGUGUUUGGGGGAUUUCUGUUUCUGAUUGUUUGCCUUCUAUCAGCUACUUGGCACAUUGCUCAGACGUGGAUUGUGAAGGAGUACCCAGGAAAAAAGAUGACAAACGUGUUCUUCUUCAACUUCUUCGUCACACUCCAAACUGCAGCUUUUGCAGUUGUCAUCGAAACCGACCCGAUCCGUUGGCAAGUCCGACCCGACAUCCAGAUGCUCGCCAUCGUAUUCUCCGGCAUUUUCGGAAGUGUGGUUCGUGUGAGCGUUCACACGUGGUGCUUGCAGAAGAAGGGCCCACUGUACGUGGUGAUGUUCAAGCCCCUCGGCAUGGUCCUCGCUCUCGCCUCGGCCUUCACCUUCCUCCACGACACGCUUUUUCUCGGCAGUGUGAUGGGGUCGGUUGUGAUUGGGUGUGGGUUUUAUACAGUUUUGUGGGGACAGAUGAAAGAACACAACUCCUUGCCUUCUGAGUCUGAAACUGAAUCAUCCUCCACCUCGCUUUUGCACCACUCUUCCACUCUUCAACAAGCUUAGAGAAAAGAGAGGGAAAAAAGAUGAAAACUAAAAAAUAGUACCUAUUCUCUUAUAUUUGUAUUUAAUUGAUGUAUAAUUUUAUUUUAUGAACUCCGUAUACGAAUUAGGAAGCCAUUAAUAUUUAAACGAAGGCAACUUUAAGUUUCAAAUGCAAGCUUUGAUUGGUUGGCCAAACCCAGAAUUGAACCAAUUAUUUGCACUCGAGUCAAAAUCAAGCAAUCAAUUUCUUGGAGUGGGAAUCUAAA